UUUAUUAAGAAGAAAAAGGAGAAAGGAGAAAUUGCCCAGCUGCCAAACAUGUCCUUAGUUUAGAAAAAAAAAAAAAGGCUUUUCUGAACGAAGAAUAACAACAAAAAACAAAAGCCUCUCCCCUGGUGCCCUGGAAUUAUCUUGUGCAGUCAACCCCACGCUAUUCCUUUCCUUUUCCUCCAAUCACAAGGUUCUGUCUUUCUCUGCAUCUCUCUCUCAAGCUCUAUCCAAUCCGAAAUGGAGAAAGGUAGAAGCUUUUUGGGAAAGGGCAUGGCAGCUGAGGAUGAUCUCGACUUGUUAACUCUGCAGUCUCAGCUAAGUGAAACUCAUGAAAUGUGGAAGCAUGAGAUGGAAAAAUGCCAGAGCCAAGUAGAUGUAUUACAAGCCAAAAUUGUGGAGGUAAAGGCAUGCAUUCAGGGGUCGAAGGAGGAAUCAAAGAAGGAGUUGGAUGUUCUUUGGCGAAGGGUAAAAACUACUGCAACUUUAUUGACUUACUUGAAAUCAAAAGCAAGAGUAUUGGCUGUUCCUGAUUUAGCCCAUAAAUCAUGUGGCAUCAAACUAUUAGAAGGGGUGGGGCUUGUGGAUAAAGAAGGUACACCGUUGUCUGGUUGGUCAAGGAGUGUUGAUCUCUCUUCAUUUGAUUGUACUGAUGAAGAAACAUGGAUUGGAAUUAGUAGACAACAAGGUUCUUUGGAUGAACAAGAUGGAGCCUAUAUUGGUGAAUUAAUCAAGUCUGUGCAAAUGGUCACGGAUGUAAUGGAAGUUCUUGUUAAGAGGGUCAUCAUGGCGGAAUCUGAAACUGCUAUUGAGAAAGAAAAGGCUACUUUAGGCGAGGAAGAAAUUAAAAAGAAGACAGUCCAAAUUGAGAAUAUGUCUAUAAAGUUGGAAGAGAUGGAAAGGUUUGCUCUGGGUACAAAUAGUAUUCUUAAUGAAAUGAGGCAGAGGGUUGAGGACUUGGUGGAAGAAACUUCUAGACAGAGGCAACGAGCUGCUGAAAAUGAACAGGAGCUUUCUCGUGUGAAGCAGGAUUUUGAGUCCCUGAAAUCUUAUGUUAGCAGUCUCAUUAGUGUAAGAGAAACACUUCUUUCAUCAGAGAAGCAAUUUCAAACCAUUGAAAGGCACUUUGAACGGCUAGUUGCCAAGACAACGCAGCUAGAGGGCGAGAAAAAACAGAAAGAGGCUGAAGUUCAGAAGCUUAUGGAAGAGAAUGUGAGGUUGACUGCCCUUCUUGACAAGAAAGAAGCUCAGCUUUUGGCCAUGAAUGAACAAUGCAAAGUAAUGGCCUUAAGUGCUUCGAAUAUUUGAUCUGAUCUGAUUAGCUAUUGCGUUCUGCUGCCUGUCGCACUUUGGUGCCUGGUUGUUUACUUCCAGCGGACUAGAUGACCAUCCAGAGAAGGCAAAUUUGUAACGGAUACUUUCUUGAAAGUGUAACACUAUGAAGAGACCAGGGAACUUGAAUUAGUGCCAUUGUUGUGCUUUCAAACAUUGAAACAUGAUGUGUGGGUGCAUAUUGUUGUGCUAUUGGAACUCGAAUUUGGUGUAUUCCAUCUUUUCUGUAAGGGUAGAGAUGUCACUAUGUUUGUCAAACAUCCCACCCUCUCCACUGACCUUUUUCAUUUCAGCAUGAAAUUAUAAUGCUCUGUUGUGAUAAACACAAUGAAAAUUU